AUGGGCUUUUCCAUCAUUCCAGUGGAAGAGAUCGAUAUCCCGUUUGUCGAUCUUCAAGCAAAACAACCUGACAUCGAGCGAUUUUCCGCCAGUACUCUCAUUUUCCUUUUUGACCUCCAUGAACCGCUUACCGCAUACGUGCUUCUCUGUCAACGGGCUCUUCUCGGCAAAGACGAGAACGGUAAGGACAAGGAGAACUCAUGGGCCUUCUCCUGGGAGCCACCUGGGGGAUCUCAAGAGAUAUUCGACAAAACUAUUCUGAGCACCGCGCAACGUGAGACGGAAGAAGAAGUCAACUUGCACGGCUCGCGCGUUGCUAGUCAGGUCUACAGGGAUUUCUGGGUACAUAAGGGAGUCCCGAUGGUCAGAUACACUUUCCCCCUGGAAGUUCGUGAGCAAUUCAAGCUCCAUCGAACAUGGUGCGACAGACAGCAGCAGCCCGUCGGUACAAAUGAAGGACCCAUACGGUUAAGGGAAGAUGAACAUCUUGAUUACUGUUGGGCUACGGAAGCUCAAAUUCGUGAUUCACCUUCCUACGACGAAAGGAAUCCUCAGCAUCAAAGAGGGCUUGUUAUGCUUGAAAGCAGGAAGGAUAUGAUCCUCGACGCUUUUAUGCGAUUGAAUAAUUCUCAACUCGAUAUGAAAUACGCUUUGUCAAUUGAUUGA